AAAUGAUUGCCCCGCUUUAAAAUAACAAAUAAGGUAACCCCGCUAUGUCACGACAUUCGUUCCCAAGCCAAUGGUAAAUAUCUUCUUGCAAGUUGAAUCUGUUUUUUUCUUCUUUUCCUCGUUCAAGCAUCCAUCUUCAAGAGUGUCUCAAAUUUAUCUCUCGCAAUUUCUAUUUUCCCGAAAAUAACACAAUCCUCCCUCAAAAUGGUGCCAGUUCCAGAAGAUCUUCCGGAGAUGGAAUACAGAUACCUAGGCCCGUCUGGUCUCCAGGUAUCUGCCAUCUCUCUCGGUGGCUGGCUGACAUACGGUGGCCAUGUUGAAAAUGGUAUAGUUUCCACCUUCUUUAGGUCAAAUGCAGGAUUAACAUACAUUAGAAAACACAUUUGCAUGCAUGAAAGCCGCCUAUGAUGCUGGAAUCAAUUUCUUCGAUUGCGCCGAGGGUUACGCAGGUGGAGAAUCCGAGAGGGUGAUGGGUGAAGCCAUCAAGAAAUUUGGCUGGAAAAGAAAUGAUCUGGUUAUCUCGACCAAAGUAAAUCUUACCCCACAUUCUUACAUUCUCACCACAAACACUAACGAAAUGCAAAAUAGAUCUACUGGGGUCAAGCUAACGGCGAGAAAAUCGCCAACAACCUUGGUCUCUCCCGUAAACGUAUUAUUGAAGGUACCCAUCUCGCUCUCGAACGUCUUCAACUCGACUAUGUAGACCUCAUCUAUGCCCACCGACCCGACCGCGCUUGCCCGAUGGAAGAAACCGUCCGAGCAUUCAACCAUCUCAUCAACACCGGUAAAGCAUUCUACUGGGGAACCUCCGAAGUAAGCCCCACUAGUCACCCCUCCAUUCCCAUCCCCAUAAACUAACCCCCACCACCAUUAGUGGACCGCCGCUGAGAUCGCCUCCGCCCACGCCGUCGCCCAGCGCCUCAACCUCAUUGCCCCCCUAAUGGAACAACCUCAAUACAACCUCCUCUCCCGUCAAAAAGUCGAAGGUGAAUUCCUUCCCCUCUUCAACGAAUUCGGCCUCGGCCUAACCACCUUCUCCCCCCUCAAAUUCGGCUUCCUAACCGGAAAAUACAACUCCGGCAUCCCCUCUGAUUCCCGUCUCGGCACCUCCCAAGACAACUUCGCCGCACGCAUGAAAGCCAAAAGCGGCGACGAUUCCUGGCGAGCGGACAUUGCCGCCGUGGAAAAACUCAUGCCCGUCGCGGAGAAAUUGGGUAUUAGCAUGGCGAACUUGGCCAUGAGUUGGGUGUUGAAGAAUGAGAGGGUCAGUAGUGCUAUUACAGGUGCUAGUAAGCCAGAGCAGGUUUUUGAGAGUGUCAGAGCCUUGAAGAUCAGAGAGAAAUUGACUCCGGAGAUCAUGAACGAGAUUGAUGAGAUUCUGGGGAAUAAACCCGAGCCGUUGCAGAAGAGGUAUGUUUAGACUUUAGAUGGAACGAAGGACUAAGCUGUCUGAGAGGUGUAGAGGUAACAUAGAUGGAUGGAUGGUGGUGAGCAUUCGAAAAUGCUAGAUAGCUAUGUCUGUCUUAUACACAUACUACACGUCCUCGUGAUUGCCCUACAUACACAAAACCAUUCCAGAUAGCAACGAAUGUAAUCAAGAAGAUUCAGCGUAUUGU